AUUUGACAACUAAUUAAUAAAUCCUGAAAUUUAAACGUCGUUUUCGUUUGUCUUUUGUUUAAUUUGAUAUAUAAAUAAGUAAUGAAUAGUUAACACAAUAAUUUAACGAUGAAUAGUCAUUUAUUUACUUUAUUUUGUAUUGUUGUAUUAGUAAAAUCUAACACAAAUCAAGAGUUUUGUAAUAAAGAUGAUGAAUCUUGUUCAGCAGACUACAAUAAAUACAGCAAGGAACCUAAUGAGUGGGCGAAUAAAAUUAAAGAAAAAAUUGACUUAGCUGUCAGCCAGUAUGUUCCAUGUAAAAGUACAAAUUGUAGCUGUCAUGCAUCAGUGAUUGACCAGGACUUGGCACCAUUUAAAGAUGGCAUCACAAAGCAGCUAUUUAGUAAAGCUAGAGCAAAAGCAACUAAGUACCAGAUAAUAGAUGGCAAACUAUAUAGAGAAAAGGAAUGCCAUUUUCCAGCAAGGUGUGCAGGAGUGGAGCACUACCUGACUGCACUUGCACCAAAAAUGCCUGAUUUAGAACUAGCUCUAAAUACCAGAGAUUGGCCCCAAGUCAACCCAGGAUGGGGCCAUCCAAAGGCGCCAGUUUUUUCUUUCAGUAAGACAAAAGAUUACUAUGAUAUAAUGUAUCCUGCCUGGAGUUUCUGGGAAGGUGGACCGGCAAUAUCUUUAUAUCCCACAGGGAUAGGCAGAUGGGACAAACACAGAAUCUCUAUAUCAAAAGCUGCUGAAAAGUGGCCAUGGGAAAAAAAAGAAGACAGGGCAUUUUUUCGUGGAUCUAGAACAAGCGAAGAAAGAGAUGCCCUUGUAUUACUCUCUAGAUCUGAGCCUGAUCUUGUAGAUGCUCAGUAUACAAAAAAUCAAGCCUGGAAAUCAGAUAUGGAUACACUUUAUGCACCACCUGCAUCAGAAGUACCCUUCGAAGAUCAUUGCAAAUAUAAAUAUGUUUUCAACUACAGAGGAGUUGCUGCCAGUUUUAGAUUCAAGCAUUUGUUCCUUUGCAAGUCCUUAGUUUUUCACGUUGGAGAUCAAUGGCUUGAAUUUUUUUACCCAUCACUAAAACCUUGGGUACAUUAUGUACCUAUCAGCACAGAUGCGACCCAAGAAGAGAUCAAAGACUUAAUCAAUUUCUUCAAAGAAAAUGAUAGUUUAGGCAAUGAAAUCGCAAACAGAGGAUUCCAACAUAUUUGGGAUCAUUUAACUGAUAAAGAUGUAAGAUGUUAUUGGAGGAAGCUUCUAAAGAAAUAUGCAAAACUUCUGAAAUAUGAUGUAGUAAAAGAUGUUGAUCUGGAAUUAAUAACAGCGUAAUUAAACCUACUUGCUUUUCUAA